AGUCCUUCGGUUGCCCAACCUGGAGCUUGACAGCUAUACCCAAAUGACAGUUCGGUUUAAUUUAAAAAUCGUGCAUGCCCCGCGAUGAGCGUCGAAACGCAAUACUUUCCCGACGGAGAUAAUGAGAAGCGCAAACGCAUGUCCACCGGACUCCAAAUCAACUGCCCUCACAGCCUUAGACUGGCCAUCCAGUCCGCAUACGAAUUCGGCUACCACUUUGUGGUGACCCAAAUCACCCAUCCAAACUACGCUAGGGAGCUCCUGAAGGGUAAGCCGCCCCCGUCGAUCGGACGCACGGACCGCAUUUUACAAAGCUUGGAGUGGAGCCGCUACAUAGUCGCGGAACUAACCCCCACGAUUAACGUGGACAGCGAAAUCGACCACGUGCAGCGGAAAAGCAAAGCGCUGUUCCUGCAGGAGUUGGGGUUUGCGGUGCACCUGGGGGUGCCCGUGGUCAAGAUUUGUCUGACUAAGAGACACAAUGGGCAGUUGGGGCGUCUGGUUAACGAGAAGUUGGUGCACGGGUUUAAUUCGAGUUUCUGGGUGACCGUGCCCAUGGUGCACCCGUCGCAAUACAGCCCCAUUUGCGGCGAGGACGAGAAGGAGGAUUCCUGGGAGUGGUGGAACGACUUUAGGACUUAUUGUAACUAUGAUAAGCACGUUGGGGUGGUGCUGGAAUUGCCAGAGGUGCGCUACAUUCCAACGAAAAGCGAAGUGGAUAGGUGGAUCGGGGAACCCGUGAGGGCCCUCAUCGUCCCGACGUCGUACUUCAUUAUGAACACUCACGGUAAACCGGUGCUGUCACGACUGCACCAGGAGCUCAUCCAGAGAUUCUUAAGCAUUGACGUUCAGUACAUUAUUAAAACGGACACCGAAGGCGACUUAUCCGUUUAUACCAAGUAUUUACACUUUUUAGGGAAGAAGUUGUAUGUGUCUGACACAAAUCUUGAGUUCAUUCAAGGCUGUGAAGACUUCCUCCAGAACCCCUUACAACCCCUAACUGAACACUUAGAAACCAACAUCUAUGAAGUUUUCGAAAAAGACCAAAUCAAAUACACCACAUAUCAAAACGCGAUCCAGAAAGCCCUAGAAGACGUACCCGCGGAUGUCACCAUUCCCACGAUCAUGGUAGUGGGGGCGGGGCGCGGCCCCCUCGUACAAGCUGCCUUAAACGUCUCCUACAUCCUCCACAGAAAAGUCAAAGUCUACGCUGUUGAAAAAAACCCCUACGCCAUAAACACCCUGAUUGACAGAGUUAAACACGAGUGGAGCGACCAAGUCACUCUGAUUAACGACGACAUGAGAGUGUACGAGCCCCCGGAGAAAGCCGACAUUCUGGUGUCCGAGCUCCUGGGGUCCUUCGGCGACAACGAGCUGUCGCCGGAGUGUCUCGACGGGGCCCAACGCUUUCUCAAGAGGAACGGAAUCUCCAUACCUUGUUCGUACACGUCGUAUUUAGCCCCGCUUCAAAGCAUCAAGAUUUUUAACGAAAUUAGAAAUAACAGACCCGCGGAUAAAACAUUGAAAACGUGCUACGAGACUCCGUAUGUUAUUCAUCUGGUUAAUUAUUACCAGAUCGCUCCUGCGCAGGCGCUGUUUAAGUUUGAGCACCCGAACUGGAGUGACGUCAUCAACAACGAGAGGUAUAAGAAGUUGAGGUUUAAUUGUACGCAGACGUGCAUUCUGACGGGUUUCGUGGGCUUUUUUGAUACGGUUUUGUACAAAGACGUGACGCUGAGUAUCCAUCCGGAAACGCACACCCAUGAGAUGGUCAGUUGGUUCCCGAUUGUGUUCCCGCUGAUGGAACCUCUGAAAGUGAGUGGCGGCUCUGUCAUUGAAAUCUCCUUCUGGAGGGUGGAAAAUCAGGACAAAGUUUGGUAUGAGUGGUGUUUGGAGUCGCCCGCCAAAACCUGCAUCAUGAACCCGGGAGGGAGGUCAUAUUCCAUCAAAAAGCACUAAUUACUUGCUAUUUUUAUAUAAAUAAAUUUUCAUUGCAGUUGGAA